UUUCGAUAAAGCCACCAAGCGUAGAAAGUUCAAAAACCAGACCCCGUUGCAACCGCCGCAAACAAGCUGGGUCGCUAGGGGCAACCUUUUGGGCCCGAAUACGGCCGUACCCGGGGAAAGCCCAGAAAAUUAUUCGACUAUGAGCGCGGACAAGAUAGCUGAUAAGGACCCGAAGCGUUUCUUCUUAUUCGACAUUUAUGCGCCAGUUCCGAGGAGAAUUGCGGAGACAAUGUACGAUCCAGAGUACCCGCGGGUCGACAAGAAUUGGG